GAGGAGAGAGAGGGAGAGAGAGAGAGAGAGAGCGAGAGAGAGAGAGAGCUGGCAGAGGUACAACCCUGAAUGCUGCAUAUUGGAGUGGGCAGGAGAAGGAAAGAAAGGUCAGUCUACUACUGCAUUGGGGGAUAAUCAGACAAGAACAGGCCAUCAUUAUAGCCAUACCCCAGUAGUAAUGAUAACAGUCAUAUUUGUCAUAAUUCAUGGUAGUGGGACUUAUAAUCACCUGAGAAGAUGGUUGCCAAAUUAGAUGAGCUUUUCAUCAGAAAACACGGAUUGAUAGCAAGGUUUCUGUAAGUUUCUUGGAACCAGAGGAAUUUUAUUUUGAUUUCCCUGAUUUGACAAAGUCAGCUCAAGCAGCUUUGUCUUUAAUCAGGGGUGCAUCAUUGUUUACUAUUAUAUGGUUACUCGUUACCAUGACACAAGACACAGCAGGGAGUGAAAAUGUGUAUGGUGCAUUGUGCUCCUGUUUUGUGCCAUUCAGCAUUUUGGAUGAUAAUGCCCCAAUGUUCUGAACUGAAGAGAGAGACAAUGACUUAAUGGUUAUGACAAUACACCCAAUCUGCUGGAGCUGUGGCUAAGCCAGGGGCAGGGAGGACCUUUGGAGGCAGUAGGCUUUGGGGUGGAUAGGAUGUUGGGCUUGAUCAUAGUUAUCAAGGCAUCUUGAAACCUUUUAUAUUCCCUGCUGUGCUCAUCCACUUAACACUGGUAAUAGUGUUAUGCAUAACAUAUUGCAAUGAGUGAAAACGGUAUAUGAAUGCAGGCACUAUCUGCCCAUAUUAGGUUUAAAUAGGUGAAUUGAAUGUCCUCAUACACCCUGUGACGUCUUUGAAUAUGCUUGCAUGUUGUGACCCACUUUGGUGGCAUUAUAAGGUGUCAUGUUUUCCUGUUUGUGUCUACGCACUGCCCUCUCUAGAUACGUCCUUGUUUAUGUGAUGCGCUGACACUGUCUGAGCUAACUGGAGCUGUGCUGCUGAUGUACUGCUUUAUGAUUGGGUCAGCACUGAUCUCCUGUUUAGUGAUUGGAUCAGUGCUGGCGAAAUCAACCCUCUUUAAGCCCUGGGACAAUUAGGUAGUGGUCUUUCAAAACACUGUCCUUUAUUGGGAAAAAGAGGAUUGUCCUAUUCAAGGGCAUACAUAUUUUCCAUGGAAAGAGUGUUGUCAACAGAUACUGGGACACAUGUCAAUUCAAAGGGACAUCAAGGUGCAGAUUCACAGAUUGGGAAAAAGCCCACAUUUGGGCUGUCAAGUGGCAAUACAUUGUUCAGUGACAAACACUGAGGUGGUCAUAAUAUUUGCAUUGUAAAAUAUGAUUUAUUGCCAUGGUGUGCACAGAUAGACCUGACAAGAGGACAUUUAAAACUACAUGUAUAAAACUACAUGAAUAAUCAUGUGGUUAGAUGAAGGAUUUUAAUUCUGAUGACCUGAGGACAGGGAUGAUAUUCACAUAUAUGAAUAUAAACGUAUAUGAUUGUAUGAAAAAAGAGAUCAAUGUGCAGGCUAUCCAUUAAAACUGUUGACUGUGUGUGCACUGUACAUAAGCACUCAAAUAUUGUAGUUUAUGAAAAUAUUUAAAUCAUGAUGAUGAACCAGCCCACUAAAUCAAAAGUUGGAGAUAGAUAUGUAUGUAAUAGAUGAUGAAUAAGCCCACUAAAUCAAAAGUUGGAGAUAGAUAUGUAUGUAAUAGAUGAUGAAUAUGAAGACACAUAGCCUACAUGUGCCACAUAAAUUACGCACGAGCGCUUCAUGGACAAUAAUUAUAUUUUCCAACGCCUGUAACAACUCAUCCAUGAGAUUUCUACACAUAACACGCUUUGAGAAGAGCGGUUGGUAUGGGUCUUGUUCUAUCUUGAACUAUUAACCAAGCCUUAAAGAGAUCAAAAUUCAAUCCCAUUCUAAGAAAAGUAUCAAUGAUGACGUUAUUUGAAUAUGUGCCCAAAAUCCUUAAUGAAUAACUUAGGAUGAGGAGAAGGCAAAUGCUGCCCCAGCUGUUUCCUGUUGAAAAUGUCUGUGUAAUGUAGAUACAUGUGAGGGAUUUUCUCUCUAAAUCCGUCUCCUGUUCGCUAAAUCUCACUUCUCCAAAACGAUCCUGCGCAAUGGAACAAAGUCGGAAUAUUGAGAUGUGACAUUGCCUGCAUCUUAUCUUCUUUCUCACUGUUUUUAAUGACUUCAAACAAGUUCAUUUUUGCUGGGCUUUGUCGUGCGGAGACCCGUGGGGAUGUCUAGCGGUCAUUUCUUUCAGUGGCAUUUAUGUGAUGUCUUCAAGAGUGCGAUGUGCUGUGUCUCCUGUACCCACACCCUCUCACUGCUGCUGUGCAUCCUAACCCUGACUUCGGCGGCAACAGGGGCGGGGCCCGAGACCCUGUGUGGGGCGGAGCUGGUGGACACGCUGCAGUUUGUGUGUGGAGAGAGAGGCUUUUAUUUCAGUAAACCAACGGGCUAUGGACCCAGUUCACGGCGGUCACAUAACCGUGGUAUUGUGGACGAGUGCUGCUUCCAGAGUUGCGAGCUGCGGCGGCUCGAAAUGUACUGUGCCCCUGUCAAGUCUGGCAAGGCAGCUCGCUCUGUGCGCGCACAGCGCCACACAGACAUGCCAAGGACACCUAAGGUUAGUACUGCAGUGCAAAACGUGGACAGAGGCACAGAGCGUAGGACAGCACAGCACCCAGACAAGACAAAAACCAAGAAGAAACCUUUAUCUGGGCAUAGUCACACAUCUUGCAAGGAGGUACAUCAGAAGAACUCAAGUCGAGGAAACACAGGGGGAAGGAACUACCGAAUGUAGAAGAAGACAGAAGCUAACGGACAGACGGACAAGGAUGAGAGAAGGGUGUGCCCAUACCUGGUGCCCCUGUGGAAUGGUUCACUGUAAAACAACAAAAGGUGGAUAAUGGUACAAUGCUAAUGGUAAUAAGCUUUGUGUGUAAUGUCUCUAGCUGAGAGUUAAAGUGCUGGGGUUAUAUGAGAGGUAUUUUGAUUAUUUUAUACACUGCACCAUUUCAUAUUGGAAGGAAUUAUAUUCCAUGUCAAACCAAUGUAACAGACUAGUUUAGCUGCUUACACAUCAAAGAGCUUCUUCUUCUUAUACCUCCAUGUGUGAGCUGAGCUAUAGUGUCCCUGGUGGCCUCUGAUAGGCUCUGUGCUACAUACAGCCAAUAGGAGGGCAGCCAGCAGUUUUACCUGUCUGUCUAUGGGAGCCAAUGGUCCAUCCUCUUUACCUGAACUCUGAAAGAGUUCAAGCUUUACACUGAGAGGUUGGGCCAUGCAAAGUAGUCGGGCUAUUGGAUAAGUAAUCCCCCCAUUCUCAUCUAACAACCACUGCUUUGAUAAUAUAUUAGAACCUCAAUAAGAAUGUUAUUUCAGCUUCAGUCAGUUCUGGCCAAAAGAUGAUUUCACAGUUGUCACGUGUUUCAUUAAGGCUAUUUAUUUACUAUUGUCUGCUUCAACAGACAAUAAGCGUAUUACAUGCAACCAUACCAUAAGAACCUGGCUUUGAGGCAACAACAUGACCAGAGACCUAUUCUGAUGAUACAAUCUUCUUGUACUGCUAAGCCAUUCUAGUGAAACUGACAGUAAUAUUAUAUUCUGUACUGUAAACAUUAAGUUUUGAGGAGAUUCAAUUUAUAUUUAAUUUGUAAAGACUCACCGUAGAUUCUCUGGGUCUAAUAUGUGGUCUGAUUAAAAAUGGAUUCUAAUGCAGAGGACAGGACAGAGGGGCGCUAAAAAUAGCCAGCUACAGGAAGACGAUUAAUGAUUGAUUUCACUUGGCCUGCAUUAUUUUAUUUUGUUAGCUUAGGGAGGGAACUUUGCUUCUUCUGUAUGAACAUGGACUGCAUGGAUUUUUCAUAAAAAAGCGAUAAAAUGAACAGCAACACAUAUAGUUCACUCAAGUGAAUGAUAUGCAACUCAAAUACUGUUAGAAACACAGAAACACACCUACAAAUAAACAGGACUGCAGUUGAAAAAUGCUGUUUCACACACACAAACACAGUCCGUUUUGUGGCUAAGCCACUCAGAGCUCUGCUACUGUGAGCAAGGUUCACACACUGGUUCCAUCAGACCAUGUUCUGAGAAUUCCUGUGUUUGUGUCAGGAUUACAGAGAGUAAUGGCUGUUUGCACAAUCUGGAUGCCUGACAGUCUUACUGUACCAUUUCAGCAACCUGACAACCCAUCACAUCUCUUCCUCCUCUGUCAGUGUAUAAUCAACCAAUACUCCCAUUUAUGUUAUCCUAUGCAUUCUUCUACUAUUAUUGUACAUGAUGGUAUCAUAUAGCAAAACCGUAUUAAGAAAAUCCUAUCCACUGUAUAAUGGUGCUAUUUUGUAGUUUGUUACUUGCAACGGUGGGCUAAAACAGGAAGAGAAAGAGAGAUGGCAAAGCUUAUCGUUGGAGGUCGUCCCUUUUGCACAGCCUUGUGGCCACCAUUUUAUUAAUAGUGUUUUUAUUUGUAAGCGAUUUCAAUAAGGUAGUAGUAUAAGCGAGCAAAUGUCUUUGUGUGAAAUCUGUGAAUGCAUGAAAACAAAGUAUCAUGUUGUGGUCCCAAGAAGGCAAAACGCUAUUUUUUCUACUGUUUUUAAAUUAUUGUUACUCAAUAUAGAUCCCUAUGCCAAAUAACUUGACAAAAAGCACUGUGAACUGUGAUCCUUCAAUAAUAUUAAGGUGUUAAAAGUCAUAGUGUACUUUUGUUUGUCCUGAACGAAAUGUAUGUAAACGCACCACAUUGAUGAUCAGAAAGCCAAGGCAUUAACGCUUACGAAUAUGUAUGAUUAAGGUUGAAUGAUUUGUUUUGUAAAACCAUGCCCAUGUGUUAAAGAGCUUAAGUGACACAGUGAAUCAGAUCUGGUUCUCAGCUCCCCACAAAGACAUGUUAUAUUUAUUACAACCUUUUACAAUUUUGGGCUGUUGAUGCAUUUGGACAUCAAUAAAAUGGGAUAGAAAUUAUCAAAAAAGUAUUCAAAUGACAGUCUGACUUAAAGUAUUAAUGUGGUACUUAUAUCCUUACAUCUAUCAGCAACCCACAGCUAUAAUCAUCACAACAUACAAUACAAUGUAGUUGUUGUGUAGUGGUUAAGAUUAGUACUCCAUCUUGUCCAUUCACAUAUAGCUACGGACGAUAUUGCCAGGUGAAUUGAAAGCCAGGAUGACCUCUAUGGCCGCAUCCCAUUUGACCCUCCGUGAGAUGCAUGUAUGUGGUUUUAAAACCUAUUAUCAGCACGAUUGUCCUUCAGUACCAUAUCACCAGACUGAUACCAAAGAUCUCAGCUAAAUUAAGACACAAUCUAAUUCAACUUGCAUUGUCAGCUUUGUAUUUAAUGAAAGACAGUUUAGGUAAACUGCUAUCACAUUUGAUCGAUGUCUCCAUCCAUCUGAUCAGCUGUUCAGCUAUGCUAAUGCUGCUUGAGUAAUACAAGUGUAGGUUUCAUUCAUCCUCUGAAGCAUACGCUGGUCAGACUGACCCCAGUUCAGUUCUACACUCUUAGGCUUCGGCUGUCCCCAUAGGAGAACCCUUUUUGGUUCCAGGUAGAACCCUCUGUGAAAAGGGUUUUUCGUGGAAACAAAAGGGUUCUACCUGGAAACAAAAAGGGUUCUUCAUUGGGUUAACCUAUGGAGACAGCUGGAGAACUCUUUUAGGUUCUAGAUAGCACCUUUUUUUCUAAGAGUGUAGUUCUCCCUGAAACAAAGCUGAAGAUGGAAGUUUAUCAUGUGGGACUUUGUGGGACUGUCAAUGUGCAGGCAUAAAGGAUAAUAAUGGUGGCCUCUUGAGAGGCAGCGACAGAGGAAAGCUAUGAGCAUGAUAGAAUCUAGAUUUUUAAUCCAGUUAUCUGACUCCCAAAACACUAUUUUGACUGAUUCUUUGUCACCAUUUAUCUCACAAUUAGCAGAUACAAUGUCACAAACAGGAAUGAAAACUGUAUUUUGAAUUACAUAUAGGAACUUGACUCUAUCAAGCGCUCUAGAAUAGGAAAACAUUUGAAUUGAUUGCCAUGGGAUUCCAAAGCUCACCAUCAUCUAAGAAACUGUUUAAUUACAGCACUGUUAUUUCUGGUGCUCGAUUGCCUUCUGUAGAAAAUGUUUAAAUACCGACAGAUUGUUCACCAUUCCUGCUGAAUAAACCACUUAUCAACAUUA